AUGGUUUCUCAGGUUCAACCCUCGGCUAGCAUAUGUUUGCAAGCUAAUGGGCAAUUGACUCGGUUGUUCCGACUCAAUUUUGUGAAGUUUGCUCAAUUUGCUAAAUUUGAAAAGUUUGAUAUCGGUAGCGAUCCUCUUUUUGAAAGAUAUACUCUAGCUUUUGAAGAUGCUCAGGGACUCUCCUCCGAGGAAUUUGAGGACCUCACUCAUGAAGUUGUAUCCAUCACCGGAGGGCUUCCCUUAUCCCUUGAGGUUUUUGGUUCAUUAUUGUGCGGGAAAAGAAAGCGUUCUGGGAAGGGAACGGACAACAUUGAAGCGAUUAAUCUGAGUGACAGAAGCUCAGAAUACCUCAAUGAGAUAUGUGGGCUAGAUGGAGAUGACCAAGAUGGCGGCACUUAUGAAGGAAAACAAUUCGAGAAUCUGAGGAAUUUAAGAUUUCUUGACAUGACAAAGACACAUCUCAUUGGGGAUUUUAAGAACUCAAUGACGAGGUUAAAAUGGCUUGACUGGAAAAAAUGUCCAGCAAGUUUUGAAGCUAAAAAUUUUCACGUAGUGGAAUUAGUUACACUCGGAUUGGAUGAAAGCGAGAUAAAUGAGAAAUGGAAAGGAUGGAGUUUUUUCAAGAUGGCAGAGGGGCUCAAAUAUCUGAACCUUUAUAGUUGUACAUUGUUGGAAGAUACGGACUUCCUCUCAGCUUUUAAGAAGUUAGAGGUUCUCAUCCUCAAUGGGUGUAAGGGAUUGAAGCGAAUUGAUGCUUCAAUUGGAGACAUGGAGGCCCUCAUUCGCUUGGAGCUGUACGAUUGUGAGAGCCUCACGGAGCUUCCGGCAGAAAUAGGUAAUUUAAAAGCACUGCAGCAACUCGGUCUAAUAGCGACUUCAUCACUUUCUGCAUUACCAGAUAGGAUAGAUCGGUUGGAGAAUCUAGAGAUUCUAGAGAUAUCUUACAGUGGUAUAGAAGAAUUACCCAACGGUAUUGGGAGGCUGAGAAAGCUCCGAGAGUUAGAUGCUUCAAAUUGCAACAGUCUAAGAAGGAUAAUGGCAAAACGCAUGUGUAAUCUUUCUUCCCUACAACGCCUAGAUUUUCUUGACUCCUACAAGCUCCCAUCGUUGCCAAACUUUCCUUCCGGCUUAACAUAUUUGGGCAUCACCUGUCAAAGUCGCAAAUUGCCUUCGCUUUCCCACCUAUGCCAUCUCAAGGAACUACGAGUUUCAGAAUGCAGAUAUGUCGAGUGCAUCCAGGUGCUUCCCUCAAUGCCAUUAAAGAAUUCAGAAUGCUCCCAACUGACGGAUGUUGAAGAAUCAGAAUCACCACAAUCCCUAAACACGCCUUUCAAGUUGGAAUUGUUGGAUGUCCGUAAGUGUCAUUCUCUCAAAACACUAGACGUUUCACAGUUUAUCCAUCUAAGGACAUUAUCAGUCAGUGAUUGCGGGAAUCUACUUGAAGUUCGAGGUCUUGACAAAUUGAUAUGUUUGGAAAGCUUGACUGUCAAGAUGUUCUGUUCAAUCGAAUGGCUGGACCUUCUAAAUUUCAAGGGUCUAAAGACAUUGGUUGCUAAGCAGUGCAAGAAAUUAGCUGAAAUUCAAGGCCUUAAUAGGUUGGAGGAUUUGGAAAUUCUACGUGUCAACCAAUGCACUUCAAUUAAAAGGCUAGACCUUCCAAAAUCCGGGAGGCUGAAGGAAUUAAAAGCUAAAGCCUGCGAAAACUUAGCUGAAAUUCUAAGCCUCAAUAGGUCAGAGUUUUUAGAAAGUCUGGAUAUCUCGGAGUGCACUUCAAUUAAAAGGCUAGACCUUCCAAAAUCCGGGAGGCUAAAGGAAUUAAAAGCUGAAGCUUGCGAAAACUUAGCUGAAAUUCCAAGCCUCGAUAGGUCAAAGUUUUUAGAAAGUCUUGAUAUCUCGAAGUGCACUUCAAUUGAAGGUGAAGAUCAUGGAGUGGAAACUGGAGUGUUUGCUAACGAUGGUCACAGGGAACUCGAAGGUGGUGCUUCGCCGCUUCUAUUGGCAGAGGUUGUGGACAGUCUCCUUGUAAUUGCUUCAAAGCGAGAAGGUCAGGUCAGCAAGAUGUCUUACAUGCAUUAUUGUGCCAGAAAAUUACUGCAAUUUGGAGGAUUUGGGGACAGUGAAUAUUUGUGA